AGGAGGAGGAAGACCAACGCAACGCAACUCAACAGUAGGCUAUAUAUACGCGCCCACACCGGCCGGGCACCUCUCCUCCCCCAUUCCGGCCGGCACAUAUACAUUCUCUAGCACCGUCGAUCGACCGAGAGAGAGACAGACAUGGAGCAGCAGGAGGAGGCGCCGACGUCGACGACCACGGUGGCGCUGGCCACGUCGCCAAAGCCUGCGCCGGCGAGCAACGGCAGCAAGAAGCUGCCGUCGCGGUUCCGGCGGGUGUGCGUGUUCUGCGGGAGCAGCCCGGGGAGGAAGCCGGCGUACCAGCUGGCCGCCGUGCAGCUCGGGCAGCAGCUGGUGGAGCGCGGCAUCGACCUCGUGUACGGCGGCGGCAGCGUGGGGCUCAUGGGCCUGGUGUCCCGCGCGGUGCACGGCGGCGGCGGGCGCGUCACGGGCGUCGUGCCGCGGUCGGUCCUCCCGCGGGAGCUCAUCGGCGAGACGCCCGGCGGCGAGGAGGUGAAGGCCGUGUCCGGCAUGCACCAGCGCAAGGCCGAGAUGGCCCGCCGCGCCGACGCCUUCGUGGCGCUCCCCGGCGGCUACGGCACGCUGGAGGAGCUGCUGGAGGUGAUCACCUGGGCGCAGCUCGGCAUCCACGACAAGCCCGUGGGCCUGCUGAACGUGGAGGGGUACUACGACUCGCUGCUCGACUUCAUCGACAGGGCGGUGGACGAGGGGUUCGUGUCGCCGGCGGCAAGGCGCAUCAUCGUGGCGGCGCCCACGCCCGGCGAGCUGCUGGCGGCGCUGGAGGAGUACGCGCCGGCGCACCACGACGCAUCCGCCAUCAAGCUCAGCUGGGAGUCGUCCGUGGACACCAUGGCGUGCUCGCCGCCCAGGCCGGACAUCUCGCGCUAGCCGGCCGGCGGCCGGAUCAACUCACCGUCACCAACCACCAACCCAAGAUUAGUUGACAAACACACACAUACCAGACUCUAGAUUAUAUAUCCAUUACCACCCAACCAAACAUAGAUAUUCAUCAUCCGUAUAUACUCUGUAAAUACUUUGGAUAUCUUGGAUUAAUCAAUUAGAUAUCAUAUCAUUCUGUGGGCCGUAUGGUUGAACGUAUGCAAAUACUUUAUGUUCUUGUGCU